AUGGCACAAAAGACGGUGGCCCUCAUCCUCGCUGCCUGGGUCCGACUCUAUCGGUACCAAAAUCCAGCAUACAUCGAGCAGAAGGACAACGUGCAGGACAUGGCUGAGUUCUCCCUGGCUGGCAUAAAGCAGGUAGAUGCAGUGAGAUAUCAGUGCCAGUACCAGGGGUUGGAGCCUGCAGAGGCAUCUGAGAAGAGUGACCCCGUGGAGCUGUUGGUGACAGAUCACAGGUAUCCCCCACCUGGCAUUUCCCUGAGCCCCAGAGAAUAUGUGAAGAUGGAGACCAACAUCACCAUCCAGUGCUGGAACCAGGAAUACAGGGGCACCAUCUUCCUGCACAAGGAUGGGCACUCAGCCCCUAUCCAGCACCAGGAACCCGAUGGUGGGGGCACUGCCACCUUCACCCUCUUUAGGGUGACCCUAGCUGACUCUGGCACCUAUAGGUGCUCCUACCGCGUAGGGGGCUCCUACCUUCUGUCUUCACCCCUUGGGGAUAAUGUGACCCCUUGGGGAAAUGACCUUUCUGCCCUCAGCGGAAACAUAUCCCCGGUUUCUGCCCUCCAUCCUUCCCACUUAUUCUCAUCACAGCUGCUGCAAGCAGCCUCGCAGUGGGUUGGAUGGCUUGUGCCACGGCAUUUGCCAUAACUUGCCCACUACGCUGUUGCUCUGCCCUACUAGCAAGAUCCAACAUUUCUCCAACCCCAGCAUCUUCUGGGAGUGUAGCCAGCAGGCGCUGCAUAGAGGGAUUAGCAUUCUCAAAGGCAAGCAGCUGAAACAUGCUCUGUUUAGCUUCCU